AUGACCUAUACAACCAAUUUUUCUCAACAAAACAACUUGUCGCAAACACGACAAAAUGACUCUAGUUGGGAUAUCCUUGGAACAAUUGGGCACUUGUAUAUGUGGGAAGAGAUUGUAUGUUUGUAUAUUAUGACAUUAGAUUUUGAGGACAUAAAUUUAAAUGAAGAAGAUAAUGUAAAUGAAUUCGAGUCGUAUCAGAUAAAUCCUAUCAAAGAAGAUAUCAAUGUAUUAACUAAAUUUUCAGCACCACAUGCACAACAUUCAGAUUUAUACAUAAAUCUAAUUGAUAGAUAUUGGGAAAGUCGAAAAUCAAAUAAUCAAGCCUUACGUGAAAAAGUGAGACUAUUUAUUAAUAAAAGACUUGAAACAAAUUAUUUUAAUAGAGAAAAAACAGAAAAUUAUUUAAAACAUAUGACAAAUCACCAAAAACAAAUGUUACGAAACAAUUUUGUUUCUCGAAUAUAUGGCUAUAGUAAGAUUGUUAAAAAACAUGUAUUAGCAAGUGAAACUGCCAAUAAUAAUCCACUUCAAGAAGGCAAUGCAGAAAGCAAAGAAAGUCAAAUAAUUAAAAGGUUGGAAGAAGAAAACAAAUUGUUUUUUAAUAAUAAGGAAUUGCAGAAAGAUGAUGAAUUACUGAUAAAGCUCGGAGAUCAUGAAGAAGAUCAAAGUAUUAAAGUAUUUAAUUACGAUUCGCAACAAUAUUCUUACGUUAAAAGUGUAAGGAGAGAACCAAUUAAAUCAAAGCGAGAUUAUCCAGAACAUGGAAUCCUUUCUGAAAAUAACACUUCAAGCGAAAAAAUUCUGUACCCAGGCAAAAAGUCAAAGAGCGAAGAUAAAAGUACUUUAGAAGAAAUAGGAAGGAGUUUGGCUGAAAAUAACGAAAUUGAUAAAUUGAAACAAGAGAAUAUUAAAUUACGAGCGGCGUUAGGUGAAGUUGUUAAUGUUGAAUGGCAUGAUGAUAACGCAAACAACUCAUCGCAAUUGGUGAAGGAGGUAGAAAGCCUUAAUCGAAACUUGAAUAAAAUUACUGGAGUUAAACGUAAAGUUAAAGAAAUCAAAAUGGAUGCUGUUAAAGAACUAUUUUCUUCGUUUAACUGUACUACAAGUGUUGAGAGCAAGCAAAUGAAAUUGGUUUUAAGCGCAGUUUUGCAACAACAUUUAAUUAAAUUUAUUUUAAAAUCAGCGAGUGAUUAUUUAAGUCAGCCACUUGCGACUGAUAUUAACGAUGACAAGUUGGAGGUUGCCAUUCUAUCCAAAGCAGAUGAUUUGAUUAAUCUUACAACCCGUUUCGAAGUGAUUCGUACCGGGACUGAUGAGCAUUCUCGAUUAUUACCAACUAAAUUACGUCAACAUGUUUACGCAGCACUAGGCUUUAGGGGGUUUUCCAAUCAUCCGUUCGUUACUCAAUUAGCAAAAGAUCUUAUGGAUGAAAUGAAUAAAUAUCGGAUUUUAGAAUCUGAAGAGAAAACCAAAAAAGAGUUAACUACAAUUGUUAUUCAAGUUCUUCGAAUUUUUCUCUUUCGUUUUAAGACGCAAGAGCCGGUCCCCACAAUAGAAUUUUAUCAAAGUGGUAAAGACAUCGAUCCUGUUUAUAUGGAAGGAAUGUGGGAAGGGCAUUAUGAAGAUUACGAAGUAGAAAUUUGUUAUUUUCCAGCUAUUAUUGUAAAAUCUGAUGAAAGAGCAUAUACUAAAGCUCAAGUGAUAGCGAGACAAAAACUGAUGACUUAA